AGCGCUCUCGGAUGGCACAAUAACAGCACGCUGGAGCGUAAAAGUGAAAGAGCGGAUCGAGGAGUGAGAGUGAACCAGCAGCAACAUGAGCCGUCUCCAAACUCGUGGCGCGCGCGCCUGUAGCGGGGAUCGGAGACGCGGAUGAACGACGAAUGUGAAAGCGUGUCGUUAUAUUCUCGCGGGUUGGACGGCAGUCGAUGGGAAGCGGCGCGCAGUGAUGGGCACCCCAGCGCACCCGGAGACCAGGAAAUUUACGCGCGGGCUGGGAAAGCCUGGCACCGCGGCCGAACUCCGGCAAAGUGUCUCAGAAGUGGUGAGGACCUCCGUGCUGAUUGUGAAGCCGAAGGUGAUCGAACCGCUGGACUAUGAGAAUGUGCUGGUGCAGAGGAAGACGCAGAUCCUCAGUGAUGUCCUCCGAGACAUGCUGCAGUUCCCCCUGGAGGACUUUGAGAUUUCAACUUUGAGGCGACAUGGGAGGACCCUGUACCCCACGGUGCCUGAAAAUGCAGAGCGGGAGGCCCAGAGUCUGUUCGUCCAGGAGUGCAUCAAAACCUACAAGUCUGACUGGCACGUGGUCAACUACAAGUACGAGGACUACUCCGGGGACUUUCGACAACUUCCACAGAAAGUGUCCAGGCCUGAUAAACUUGCCGUCCACGUGUUUGAAGUGGACGAGGACGUGGACAAAGAUGAGGAUACAGCCUCCUUAGGAUCCCAGAAAGGAGGAAUCACCAAACAUGGCUGGCUGUACAAAGGAAACAUGAACAGCGCCAUCAGCGUCACCAUGAGGUCAUUCAAGAGGAGGUAUUUCCACCUGACUCAGCUUGGCGAUGGCUCCUACAACUUAAACUUCUACAAGGAUGAGAAGAUCUCCAAGGAGCCCAAGGGGACUAUUUUCUUGGACUCCUGCAUGGGUGUAGUUCAGAACACCAAGGUUCGGAGGUUUGCCUUCGAGCUGAAGAUGCAGGAUAAGAGCACCUACCUGCUGGCUGCAGACAGCGAGGGGGAGAUGGAGGACUGGAUCAACACACUCAACAAGAUCCUGCACAGCAGCUUCGAGAUUGCGAUGCAGGAGAAGAGAAACGGAGACAUUCAUGAUGAUGAUGAUCUGGGAAAGUCGGACAGCUCCUCCGGCAGUAUGGACAGCUUUCAGAGCACAAGAGAUAUCGAGUCCAGGAUGAGGAACGAGACGAGGCUGAAGCUGUUCACCCUGGAUCCAGACACGCAGAAGCUGGAUUUCUCCGGAAUCGAGCCGGACGUGAAGCAGUUCGAGGAGAAGUUUGGGAAGCGUGUUCUGGUGAACUGCAACGACCUCUCAUUCAACCUGCAAAGCUGUGUGGCCGAGAACGAGGAAGGACCGACAACGAACGUGGAGCCGUUCUAUAUCACCCUGUCGCUGUUCGACAUCCAGAAUGGCAGGAAGAUCUCCUCCGACUUCCACGUCGACCUAAACCACCCGUCCGUCAGGAGCAUGGUGCCCAGUAACAGCAGUCAGUACAUGAACGGAGGAGGCGACGCCCGGCCAGAAGGUCAAAGGUUAAUCCACGGGGUGCCAGAGGCGGCCAUGCAGUACCCCAGACAGGGAGUGUUCUCGGUAACCUGCCCUCACCCGGACAUCUUCCUGGUGGCUCGCGUAGACAAAGUGCUCCAGGGAGGAAUCAACCACUGUGCCGAGCCGUAUAUGAAGAACUCCGACUCCACUAAGGUGGCGCAGAAGGUCCUGAAAAAUGCCAAGCUGGCCUGCAGCCGGCUGGGACAGUACAGGAUGCCUUUCGCCUGGGCAGCAAGGACCUUGUUCAAAGAUGCUUCAGGGACACUGGAUAAAGGCGCUCGCUUCUCGCCUCUGUACAGACAGGACAGCAACAAACUGUCCAACGACGACAUGCUCAAGCUGCUGGCCGACUUCAGAAAGCCGGAGAAGAUGGCCAAGCUGCCUGUAAUCCUGGGAAACCUCGACGUGACCAUCGACAAUGUAGCCCCCGACUUGACGAAUUGUGUUACCUCAUCCUACAUUCCUGUGAAGCAGUUUGAUGUCAGCGAGAGGACCAACAUCUUCUUUGAAGUGGAGGAAUUUGUGCCGUGCAUUGCCAAAUGUUCUCAGCCUUUCACCAUCUACAACAAUCACCUCUAUGUCUACCCCAAGCACUUGAAAUACGACGGCCAAAAGUCAUUCGCAAAGGCUAGAAACAUAGCCGUCUGCAUUGAGUUCAAGGACUCCGACGAGGAGGAGGCCGUUUCACUUAAGUGCAUCUACCGCCGGCCCGGAGGACCAUUGUUUACCAAAAAUGCCUUUACCUCAGUACUGCAUCACCAGCACAACCCGGAAUUCUACGAUGAAUUUAAGAUCGAGUUGCCAACCCAGCUCCACGAGAAACACCACCUGUUCUUCACCUUCUACCACGUCAGCUGUGACAGCAACAGCAAAGCCAGCACCAAAAAGAGAGACCUGGUGGAGGCGCAAGUGGGCUUCGCCUGGCUCCCCCUGCUGAAGGACGGCCGGGUGAUCAUGAACGAGAGUCACAUCCCGGUGGCCGCCAACCUGCCUGCUGGAUAUCUCAGCUGCCAGGAAGGAGCCAGCAAGCACGCGGGUCCCGAGGUCAAAUGGGUGGAUGGAGGGAAGCCCUUAUUCAAGGUGUCCACACACCUUGUGUCCACCGUCUACACUCAGGAUCAACAUUUACACAAUUUCUUCCAUCACUGUCAGAGCAUCGCCUCAGCGCCCCAGGGCUCAGGAGGAGAGCUGGUGAAGUAUCUGAAGAGUCUGCACGCCAUGGAGAGUCAUGUGAUGAUCAAGUUCCUGCCCACCACCCUCAAUCAGCUGUUCCGGGUCCUAACAAGUGCCACUCAAGAGGAUGUCGCAGUCAAUGUCACAAGAGUCAUGAUUCACAUAGUCGCCCAGUGCCACGAGGAGGGCUUGGAGCACUACCUGAGAUCUUAUGUAAAGUUUGUGUUCAGGACCGAGCCCCACACGUCCUCCACCACCCGAACGGUGCACGAGGAGCUGGCCAAAGCCAUGACUGCAAUCCUGAAGCCCUCCACCGACUUCCUCACGAGUAACAAACUGCUGAAGUACUCCUGGUACUUCUUUGAAGCGUUAGUCAAGUCGAUGGCUCAGUACUUGAUUGAGAGCUGUAAAGUGAAGCUGUCGAGGAAUCAGCGCUUCUCGGCUUCCUUCCACCACACGGUGGAGACUCUGGUCAACAUGAUGAUGCCUCACAUUACCCAGAAAUACAAGGACAACCUGGAUGCCGCCCGCAACGCCAACCACAGCCUGGCAGUCUUCAUCAAGCGCUGCUUCAACUUGAUGGACAGAGGCUUCGUAUUCAAGCAGAUCAACAACUACAGCAACUGUUUCAUGCCCGGAGACCCAAAGACACUGUUUGAGUUCAAGUUUGAGUUCCUGCGUGUCGUGUGCAACCACGAGCACUACGUCCCUUUAAACCUGCCCAUGCCGUUUGGAAAGGGGAGGAUUUUGAGGUUUCAAGACCUCCAGCUGGACUACUCUCUGACGGACGACUUCUGUAAGAACCACUUCCUGGUGGGGCUGCUGCUCAGGGAGGUCAGCGCGGCCCUGCAGGAGUUCAGGGAGAUCCGGCAGAUCGCCAUCCAGGUGCUGAAGACCCUCAUGAUGAAGCACACCUUCGAUGACCGCUACACCUCCAAGAGCCAGCAGGCCCGGUUGGCCACCCUCUACUUGCCCCUGUUCGGUCUGCUUCAAGAAAAUGUCAACAGACUGAAUGUGAAGGAGGUCACCCCCUUCCCCGUCAACCACACCAACAAUAAUGGGAGAGAUGAUUUACUCCUCACGAACGCUCUGAUGACGCCUCCCAGGUCCAGCACCUUUCUGGACACCAGCCUGCACAAAGACGUCUUUGGAGUCAUAUCAGGCACUGCUUCGCCUCACGCGGCGUCCACUCCCAACAUUAACUCGGUGCGCCACGCGGAUUCUCGGGGAUCUCUGAUCAGCACUGAUUCAGGCAACAGCCUGCCAGAGAGGAGCAACGACAAGGGCAACUCUCUGGAUAAGAGCCAGGCUGCCUCCACCCUGGGAAGCACGCUGCUGAGGUGUGAUAAACUGGACCAAGUCGAGAUCAAGAGCCUCCUCAUGUGCUUCUUACACGUGCUCAAAAGCAUGUCUGAAGACGCUCUGUUCACCUACUGGAACAAGGCCUCGUCCGCCGAGCUCAUGGACUUCUUCACUUUAGUCGAAGUGUGCCUCCAUCAGUUCAGAUACAUGGGGAAGAGAUACAUCGCCAGGAACCAGGAUGGGGCGGGACCCGUAGCACAUGAGCGGAAGUCUCAGACUCUGCCUGUGUCCCGUAACAGGGCGGGAAUGAUGCAUGCCCGCUUACAGCAGCUCAGCAGCCUGGAUAACUCAUACACUUUUAACCACACCUACAGCCACUCGGACGCAGAUGUGCUGAAUCAGUCUCUGCUGGAGGCCAACAUCGCCACCGAGGUGUGCCUGACUGUCCUGGACACGCUGAGCAUCUUCAUCAUGGGUUUCAAGACGCAGCUGUGCUCGGACCAUGGCCACAGUCCGCUCAUGAAGAAGGUGUUUGAAGUCCACCUCUGCUUCCUGCGGAUCAAUCAGUCUGAAACGGCCCUCAAGCAGGUCUUCACCUCGCUGCGCACCUUCAUCUACAAGUUUCCCUGCACUUUCUUUGAGGGCCGUGCCGACAUGUGCGCGGCGUUCUGCUACGAGAUUCUGAAGUGUUGUAACUCCAAGCUGAGCUCCAUUCGCAGCGACGCGGCCCACCUGCUCUAUUUCCUCAUGAAGAGCAACUUUGACUACACGGGCCGCAAGUCCUUCGUCAGGACGCACUUGCAGGUGGUGAUUGCAGUCAGUCAGUUGAUAGCGGAUGUCAUCGGCAUCGGGAGCACCCGCUUCCAGCAGUCGCUGUCGAUAAUCAACACCUGUGCCAACAGCGAUAAAACCAUCAAGAACACGGCGUUCCCAUCCGACGUGAAGGACCUGACCAAACGCAUCAGAACGGUCCUGAUGGCCACGGCCCAGAUGAAGGAGCACGAGCGGGACCCCGAGAUGCUGGUGGAUCUGCAGUACAGCCUGGCCAAGUCGUACGCCAGCACGCCUGAGCUGCGCAAGACGUGGCUGGACAGCAUGGCGCGAAUCCACGUGAAGAACGGAGACCUGUCGGAGGCGGCCAUGUGCUACGUGCACGUUGCUGCGCUCGUGGCGGAAUACCUGCGGAGGAAAGGCAUGUUCAAGCAGGGCUGCACGGCGUUCCGGGUGGUCACGCCCAACAUCGACGAAGAGGCGGCGAUGAUGGAGGACGUCGGCAUGCAGGAUGUUCAUUUCAACGAAGACGUCUUAAUGGAGCUUUUGGAGGAGUGCGCAGAUGGACUGUGGAAAGCCGAGCGCUACGAGCUCAUCUCUGACAUCUACAAGCUCAUAAUCCCCAUUUAUGAGAAGCGCAGGGACUUCGAGAAACUGGCCCACCUGUAUGACACGCUGCACCGGGCGUACAGUAAGGUGACAGAGGUCAUGCACACGGGGAAGAGGCUGCUCGGCACCUUCUUCAGAGUGGCUUUUUUUGGGCAGGGCUUCUUUGAGGAUGAAGAUGGGAAGGAGUACAUCUACAAAGAACCCAAAUUCACUCCCUUGUCGGAGAUAUCGCAGAGGCUCCUCAAGCUCUACUCUGACAAGUUUGGACAGGAGAAUGUGAAGAUGAUCCAGGACUCGGGUCGGAUUAAUCCCAAAGACCUGGACUCCAAGUACGCAUACAUCCAAGUGACCCACGUGACUCCAUACCUGGAGGAGAAGGAGCUGACCGACAGGAAGACGGAGUUUGAAAAGAGCCACAACAUUCGGCGAUUUGUGUUUGAAAUGCCUUUUACCAUAUCAGGCAAAAAGCAGGGCGGCGUGGAGGAGCAGUGCAAACGCAGGACCAUCCUCACAACGACGCACUGUUUCCCCUACGUGAAGAAGCGUAUCCCCGUGAUGUAUCAGCACCACACCGACCUGAGCCCCAUCGAGGUGGCCAUCGACGAGAUGAGCAAGAAGGUGGCGGAGAUCAAGCAGCUCUGCUCCUCCAGCGAGGUGGACAUGAUCCGCCUGCAGCUCAAACUGCAAGGCAGCAUCAGCGUCCAGGUAAAUGCAGGACCUCUUGCGUAUGCCAGAGCGUUUCUGGAUGAUGCCAGUGCCAAGAAGUAUCCAGAUAAUAAGGUCAAACAGCUGAAAGAGGUCUUCAGGCAUUUUGUGGAGGCGUGCGGUCACGGAUUAGGCAUCAACGAGCGCCUGAUCAAGGAGGACCAGCAGGAAUACCACGAUGAGAUGAAGGCCAACUAUCGAGACCUGGCCAGAGAGCUCUCCAUCAUCAUGCACGAGCAGAUCAGUCCGGUGGAAGACGGCAUGAAGAGCAUCCUUCCUGACUCUCUCCACAUCUUCAACGCCAUUAGCGGCACGCCGACCAGUGCCACCAUCCAGGGCAUCCCCAGCUCGUCCUCUGUGGUGUGAAGCAGAGCAGCCGGGAUUCCCCCAGCCAGUGAAGCCAUUUUUUUUCAAGCUAUAUCACCAAGAGAAACCAAAGGAAACAGGGAAUAUCACUUUCUUUUUUUGCUGUCUUGGACCCUCAGUCAAAGGUUUUGGACUUUUUUUAUGAUUCACAGCAGACAUUUUGGCCUGUGCGGGUUGAAUUUUAUGGAUCAGCAACGAGACUUGAAAAGCGCGGAGGGCGACCGCGCUGCAGAGGCCACGGGACUUUGUUCCCGCUUCGUGGACAGAAGUCACGUUUGAUGAUGCCCCGUCUUCACCCGUUUCUACCUGAAGAGGCUGAGCAGUGUUUUUCCUGUUGGGAUUUUUAAUUAUGCAUGUCAUUCCCCACUUUAUGUUCAUUUUGAUAAUGUUUCACAUUGUGUACAGUAUUCCACUUUUAUAAGCCACUGUGUUGAUGUCUGGAUGAACAGUAUAUGCUGCGUACAUCGAUACUCGUCUCCCUGUACAUGAAGUUAUAUUUCUAAAACAAUGCAAUUUUGCAAAAGGGCCACCUAUGACUUAUACUCAACCUUAAAUCACUUCAAUGUCUUAUAACGGGAGAGUUGUUUUGUUUUAUGCUUUUUUUUUUUUAAAUAUUUAAAGCCAUUGCACACAAAGAUAUAUUCCAAGUUGUUUAAUAAUGUAUAUAUCAAAAAAAAAAAAGGAGUGUGUGCAAUAUUUGCAGUAAGUAUCUUGCUGUUUGGGGCUCAUACACUGUAAAGAUUAUGUUCACCUUCUUGCCAAAGCGAUGAGGUGUGGAAACAAACACUACGCCUACUGUGGAAGAAAUAUGAAGCUUUUACCAUUUUGUGUUCAAUGAAAUGUUCAAGAAUUCUUUUUUUAAAAAAAAUGUCUUAUAUUUAGGCAGCAAUGUGUUUUUUUUUAUAUUUUAUUUAACAAAAAAAGUCACUGUUCUGCUGUAAA